GAUCCCUAGAAUAAAUCGACUUUAUAGUUUAACUUUAAUAUAGGGCUCGACUUUUUGAGUUAAAAAUUAAAUCCAUAACCCCUAAGUGAAGCGUAAGGGGGUAUUAUCUCAAUUACCACUUCUGCACUUCUUUUGCAAAUUGGUUUUCGAAAGGAAUUUUGUGAAAAUAAUUGACAAUAUAUAUUCAUAUUUGCAUACAUGUGUAGAUAGGCAUUGUGGUAUUGUGUAUUGUCUUUUUUUGUCAUAACAAAAACAUGUCGGAUCAUGUAGUCAAAGCAAAAUGUUUGACCAAAAAUGAUUCCGUCGAAGCAGCGUCCACGUCGACAGCUAAAAACCAAAAUUUUAAGACGUCCCAACCGCAAGAAAAUAAUGUCUGCAAUAAAAACAAUGAAAUAGAAAGUGAGAAUGUGGGGAGCAGACCAUUUGUGGCAAUGCGAAAACUUAAACCCUCUAGUAAUACAUCACCCUCUAAGAAUAUCUCACCCAGUCUUGCCAACGAUUCGGGUAAUCCGACGUCACCAAGUUCCUUGUCUUCAUCUUCGCCAACAUCCCCAACAACGCAGGAUGUUUGUGGAUCGGCAGAGAUGCGUCAAAUGAAAAAGGAUCCACAGUUUUCUCGUUUUGCGGACUAUUUUGUGAUUUGUGGUUUGGACCUAGACACUGGUUUGGAGCCUGAUCGCUUUGCAGGGGAUAAUUUACAUUGCUCACCAUUAGAUCGAGCUUACAAAAGCAAACCAUUGGCCCAUUAUCCAGAAAAUGUCCCGUGGAACCCUUUUGAUUCACAUGGUGUUUGUAUGCUUUCUUUGCCACAAGGACUACGUUUUCGAACUCAAAAGCAUAACCUCGAUCCGAAGUUUCAUUCUUUUGCAACAACUCGAGAGGAUGGAAAACGUUGUUAUGGUUUUAGUUUAGUGUUUUAUGAAGAAAUACGCAACCGCAACAUAUGCAGUGCAAUGCAUACAUUACAAUCCAUGUUCAUUACUGAGUUGUCCAAUGGCCAACAGACGCAUUCCCUAUCACGUAUAAAGGAUAGCCCUGUAAGUCGUUCUUUGCCUCGUCAUUUUAAAGUUGCAGGUCAAGCACCACAAUCGGCGCAAAGUUAUUAUGAUAUUACCAAGGAUAAACUCUACGUUGCAAAAAGUAUUUCGCUAAUAUGUCAGAUACCAUAUGCAUACGCCGCAGAGGUAUUCUUAAAGAAUUUGUACAAAUGUCUUCCUCGUCAACCGGGUCCAGGCAUUAGUCUCGAAUCAUAUGUGUAUAAUAUAUUGUACGAAGUAAUGCUUCCCCAACCAGGUAAAUCUAUUCGAAUUUAUUUGCCACCUCCGGAAGCACAUUUGCCAGCCAUAGCUUUAACAUUACAACGACCUGAAAUACAGUCGGAAUUACCGCUGCUUGAUUUUUCGCUUCGAUUACUUUUUACGUACCUUGGAGUUGAGUGCGUUAUACAACUUCUUACGUGUGUAUUAUUGGAGAAUCAAGUGCUGUUACGUUCAAAUGACUACCAGAAACUAAUGGUUGUUGGAGAAUGCAUCACUUCCAUUUUGUUUCCUUUCGUAUGGCCGCAUGUUUAUGCGCCAAUAUUACCGGCAGCUCUGCACCAUUUUCUAGAUGCGCCAGUACCUUUUGUUAUGGGUCUUCACGCUGAAUGCGAAGCUGCCAACAAGAUUGGCUCCGAAGCAACACUUUGCUUCGUAGACAUCGACAAAAAAAUCAUACAACUUCCCGAAGAAUUGCCGGCAUUUCCCCAUAAAAUGGACUUCAUGGCUGAAAUUAUUUCAAUACUGGAUAAAUUUGAGAUAGAGCGCGAUCGAAUGUAUGAACCAAGUUUGAGAAAUGGAUAUUCAUCUCGCGAACAGGAUGUUAUGAUAAGUAGUUGCACUUUACCAAGCGGGUUGCAAGCGGCGCGGCGUAGUAAGGAACGAUUCCAACAACUGCAGGAAACCGUUUAUACUCUUGGCACUUCCCCAGAAAAUAAUUCACAUACCAAUUUACAUUAUCAACCUUUGGUCGCUCAUCCGUCGAAAAUUGACCAUGUGCCACGUAUCGCGGACUUUCUUCGCAAGAAAGGUGUCCGUAAUUCAUCGCCGGAUUGUGUUGAUAGUGCGGCUCCUUCAUCACCCACUCGAUCUCGCCACAAAGAUAUUAAACAGCAACAACCAAAGUUAUCAUCAGAAGAGAAAUACUACCAAGAUCUCCGAAUAAACAAUGCUUUGCGUGAAAUUUUCUUAAAUCGUUUUGUGCAUAUGUUUUUUGCUUACGAAUUUUUCGUUAUCUAUCCCAACCAAGAUAGAGAGGAAUGGUUAAGCAAUCGCGAAACAUUGCAAAAUUUUGAUAAAUCAUCGUUUUUAUCAGACCAGCCGGAGCAUCAUAGACCAUUUUUAUCUCGAUUUUUAGAAUCUCAAAUGUUUGCAACUUUAGUGGAUAACAAAAUACUCUCUGUAUGGGACAAGGAGGACCCCGACGCUAAUCUUAAAAUUUUUGAUCAAAGAGUUAAACUUUUAAGAAAACGCCAUGGAGAAAACAUGAUUUGCGCCACCAGCUAUGAACCCUGUGUGAUUAGUCAAGAAGCCCAACAGAUUUUUGAAAAACGGCUUAGUUGCGUUGAUAUUGAAGUAACACCGCCGAGUGAAAUUUUAUCCAAUCGGGCAGCUUACUUUCGCAGCUUUCCCAUUCUUGAGAAGACAGUAUUGAAUCAAGAAUGUACAUCGAGAGGAAAUAGCUUGAGACGGGUAAAAAACGGCAAUAAGUGGAGAACCAAAGAAAUCAACUUCGAUCAGAAACCUACAACAAACAUUGCAUUAAAUCGGCUUUCGGCAAAUCUUACCAAUACUGAACUAAGUCCUGCACUAAUAGCUCAAGCUAACUGGACUUUCGUGGAGAGAUUACUCAAGGAUAUUAAAAGUAAAACAAAACGAAUGUUACUGGAGAAAAUGGGCACUGAAGCUGUGGCGCUAGGAUUGAAUAAAAAUGAUGGUAUUGAAGAAAAUACUCUGAUAGCGUCUCUUUGCGAUUUGCUAGAAAAAAUAUGGUCUCAUGGCUUGCAGUCGAAACAGGGCAAAUCAGCAUUGUGGUCGCAUUUGCAAGCCUAUAUUGAACUGCAAGAAAGUCGCUCUUCCAACUCUAACCCGAAUAGCAGCAGUUCAAGUUUAAAUUCCAGUACUCUGUCUCCAAAAGCAUCGGGAGGCAAUAAGGUUGGAGGAAUAAAUACUAAUUACGUUGCAGCUCCCACAUUGGCGUGGAAUGUUAUGCGAAAGCGCAUGGAUUAUUUGUCUACAUUCCAAAGUGAUUUAGAUAAUCCACCCAGUCCAAAUCGCAGUCGAUCCAGGGAUCGCAAUAAGUUUGUUGGUUUGGAACAGUUGUGUCCUCUGCCAGAAUCUUUGGAAUUUGACGUGAGAAAUGUUAUGGCAAUGGCCGAUAUUAAAACGCAGAUCGGUUAUACUAGAGCUUGGGUUCGAUUGGCGCUCGAAAAGAAAUUGCUUUCUAGACACUUUCGAACUCUUCUAUCAGAUGAUUCAUUGUUGCGCUCAUUGUAUAAACGUUCUGCGUUUUUAAGGUGCGAUGAGGAAAAAGAACAAUUUUUGUAUCACAUUUUGACGCUUAACACUGUAGACUACUAUUCGUUUACCAACACGUAUCCAACUACAAAACUUCCUUAUCGGGUUGUUAUAUUUCCCUCUCGGAAAUAUGGUUCAUACCAUACAUCAAGUAAUGUUUGGAUUGUUGUAUCAGGAACACUAAAUGAAACUCAGAAAGUUCCAGUGCCAAAAGGUUCCCUAGAGUUUAUAUUUCACUAUAAAAAUUUGGGACUAAUAACAACAAUCCGAAUUGGCCACGACAACACCGGUCCCUCAAAUAAAUGGCUGAUCGAACAUGUUGUGAUGCGUAACGAAGUUACUGGACACACCUAUAAAUUUCCUUGUGGGCGUUGGUUGGGCAAAGGAGUGGACGAUGACUCUACGGAACGAUUAUUGGUAGGUCAAAAAAUUUCAACGAGCGUUAAAAGUGCAGAGUUGGAUCAGACAAACCACACUCCGCCUCGCACUCGAAGCCCCAGUGUUCAGCGUGGCCAGGAUUUACCACCACCUUCCGAAAUACAACACAAGUUGGGUAACUGUGUUAAUGUCAUUGUCAAAUGGCAUUAUAAACCAAGUCGUGAUCGUGACGUUGGCACACUAACCAAUUUACUUUGCGGUGAUGAAGGUCUGGUCAAAUGUUUGGAAAACGUUUUUCUGUGUGGUUUUCGUUCUACUAGGUUUUUUGGGCGGAACCUUUACAUCUGGGACUAUUUUAGUAAAAUAAGGGAACAGUUCGAACAAUGUUUAUUGCAAGAACAGCAACAGCAAUUUGACGAUACCGGAUCAAGUUUGGAUUCCUCUAUAAGUGGGGGUAGUGUUGGCGAUCACCAACGUCGAGAAUUAAGUGCCAUUUGGCGAUACUAUAUUCAACUUAUAGACGAAAUUAAUAAGGUUGGCAAUACAUUGGGCAAGGAUGGGAAGUUCCAGCUGUUGAUAUGUUUGAGUUUAAGAGAGCAUUUGCUAACGCGCAUGAUCAAACCGAUGUCCGAAUUGAAAGUAACACAGGAAAUGUAUGAAGAGGAAAGUUUUUUGCGGCGAAAAAACCUUUUAACAUUCUUAAUACAAAUUUUGGAACCACUCGACGAUUGUCAUAUAGUAUUGGAAAAUUCAAUAACACAAGGCAUUCCCUCACAGUGUUAAGAUAUAUAUGUUCAACUAUGCGAAUCUCUAUAACAAAAUACUCAUUUUAAAAGUAGAUCUUAAGUGCAUGUAUGUUAAAAAUAACUCAAAAUAAGAGCCAGCCAUGCGAUAGCUUAAUGUUUUCCCUUUGCGUGCAUUGGUCCAUUGCAUAAGCAUCGUAUAUACGAACGUAUUGUAUAUAUCGAAUAUGAAUAAUAACUAAACCAAAGCUGCGAGGGAGGAGAAGUAACAUUUCCAAACCAAAGCAAAAAAAACCGAUGUUCUACAUGUUACAUACAUCCAUCCUACGCAUCAUUUCUGUGUGCAAUUAGAGUUGAAUGGCAACUAGAUUUAGAUUAAGGUAUAUAUACUCGAUAGCAGUCUAAGAGCUAUGCAGAUACAGAGAAAAGUGCAUCCACUAUGUUCUUUACACAUAACUUGCCAAGGUAGCUUUUUUUUUACUAAAUAAUUUCACCAAAGAUUGUUUUUAUACAAAUUUUAUUUAAUUUAGUGCAAAGGUUUUAUUUUGUCCCAUUUUACAAAAAUAAUAUAAUUCGAAUUGUAAUUCAAAAUUAAAGAGGUUGGAAUAUAUUAUAUGCAUACACAAA